GUUUAGAACUUUUAGAAGUUCACGAGCAAAUUCACGAGUUAGUUUGUUUCUAUGUUUGCAAGUAAAAAGUUCCUAAACUCGUGGUAGAUAAUUGUAAUGAUGUAGUUAUUGACAAUAUAAUAUUUUUAUUAGUGUUUAGACUUAAGAAAUGACUUCUGAAAUUGAUGUUUCGAAAACAAAUGAAAUUUUAAGACGUCGUAAACUACGAUUACAACAGGUUAGAGAACAAUCAAAAGAUAUAGCAAAAAAGGUUCGGCAGCGUGCGAAAACUGAACAAUUGCAACAUGUGGUAGAUCUUGAUGGAAACAAAGAGAAACAGUAUUUUCAGCUACAAGAAAAACUUGUGGAUAGAUUAGAACAAUUAUAUUCAAAGAGUUUACAAAAUGUUGGGACUGGUCACAAAGAUGCUUUGGAAUUAAAUAGUCAAGAUAUGAAAAAGAAGACUGAUUUGUCUAAAUUACGGGGGAGAGAAGCUGUUGCGGAAUUAAGAAAAAAAAAGCAAGAAAUACUGGAUGAAAAAAAGAAACAACUUGAUAGAAAAUUACAAGCUAGAGAAGCAGCAAAUGAAUUAAGUAGAGAGAAAUCUGUUACUACAGUUCACUUAUUAAAAUCGAAAUCAGAUGAUAAAGUCUCGUCAAAUCAAAGUCACAUAAAUAUUGAUUCUGUGCAAAAUAGUAAUAACAAUGAUAAUAAAGUAUUAGAUACAGAUUCAAAAAAGAAUGACAUUGCGACUCAGUGGGAGGCAGAAGAGUUGCCAAAAGAUUGGGAACCAAAUGUUCCAUCAUUAUCCAUUCCAAAAGAUGACAAAGAGAGUCAAAGAAUAUCAGAAAAUGACACAGAGAUUUCUAACAAAAGUAAAAGAAUGAAUCUUUUUGCAUUGAGUGAUGAAAUGCCGGCUAGUUUAAGAGGCAGCUAUUCAAACAUUCCUUUAGAUACACAUUAUAAACCUACAACCACAGUUAUAUCUGAAUAUUUACAAAGUAGACAAUUACGUUUGAGAGAAUCUGAACCUGAAAGUAUUAAAAAGCCGAGUGAUGAUCUGCAAAGUAUUAAACAAACAAUACUUAGGACACGAGCAUCAAAAGUCGAUGGUAAUAGUAUAUGUCAUGUACUUGACGAACAGGUCAUACCGGUGCCUGCCUGGCGUGCUAGCAACUCUUAUAAUGUACCUUGUCGUUGCCAAACUAAAUAUUGUAAUAACUUCAAGCAGCCUGUGACUAACACAUUUAUGUAUCAGCAUGAACAUUAUCAAAUUAAUAAGACAUCCUAUCAAAAACAAUUGUGUGCUGUCAAAAGUUUUAAAGAUUCCAAAUUUUGCCCACCAGUUUCAGGUAAUAAAACAGAAAGAUCUAAAAACUCAAUUGGAGAUUCUAUUAAAAAACAUUGUAUAACUUUGAAUAAUAGACAUAACCUAGAGAAUAAUGUUACUGUAGUCCGUGAAGAAAAUAAUAAUGACGAUGCAUAUACCAGAGCCUUAAAAGAAACACUAAACUCAAAUGAUCCCGAACCCAAGAAAGUUGACCAUAAGAAAGUUGAAAUGAGAAAUAAAGUUGCGGUUGCUAAAGAUAAGAUUGAUAAGGAGUACAAGGACACUUUGGCAUUCUUAAAUUCUUUGGCAAAAACAAGAUCCGAUAAACCUAUUAGGGAGGCGUUUAUGGAUGAUGAUAGACAAAAAAUUGUCACAGAGAAGCAUCAAAGAAAAUUGCAUGAGGAAUUCACAAAUUUGCAAAGAGAACAUUGUAGAAAAAAUUGUAAGCACACACGUAGGACACCUAGUAAAUCUGAUAAUACUGGAAGCCCAGUUAACAGGCAUAAGAAAUAUGAUUGGCUACCGGUUCCUGAAGGUGAUGGAAAUCUAGUUAUACACACGCUUCCUCUUGAUAACGAUGCUAAAUGCAAUAAUACAGUCAAAUUUAGCGACAUUGAUACUUACCAUGAGUACAGAUCUCGUCACAAACACACACCUCCGUCAAAGGAUGACAACACUAACAAAAGAACUGAAGAAACUGUCUUUGUAGAACACAUUAGUAGUGAUACUGAUACUGAUUCUAUCUCGUCUGAAUCUAGUUCAUUGAAGGAUACUGUUCAAGAGAUACAAAAACAUAAAAGUAAAAACGAUCAUAGACUCUCCGACGGUGAUAAAAUUAUAAUUUAUAAAAUUGUGCAAUCGAAAAUGGAGAAAAGGUCGAAGAAAUGUAAGAAAUCGAGGAACGCGAGUAAGAUUUCUAGUAAUAUGAGUAAAUCUAUAGAAAAGACGAAAAAUGAAGGUACAGUUGAGCAAGAUAAUGAAGGAUUUGAAAAUUUAAGUGAAGGUAUCUACAAAGCUAAAGAAACAGGUGAAUCGUGCAAUAUUCUUAGCUACUGUUCAACCAAGACUAACUUUUGGACGACUUCAGCUGGACUAAAACCGUGGUGGGACAAUGUCGCAGCUAUUCAUUUCGCUGAAGAUGAUAAAAUAAAUGUGUCCUCGAAUGACAACUGUAAGAGAAACCGAUCCACAACACCACACAACGACCAUGAAAAAGAUUGCAUUCGACGGGACAUUAGUAACGGCGACAACAGGACCCGAGAAGAGGCAUACUCAGCUAAAGCACCAGCAACCCAACCUUCGGUGACUUCGUCGACAAAUUUAUAUAAAACUGCAGAUAUUCAAAAGCCAAGUAAAACAAUGCAGGAUUUCGAUUUUCUAAAACCUUUCGAUGGAGAUCACGAAGCAGCGAAGUUUUAUAUAGGAGCAUCUGGUUUUCUGAAAGAUAAUAACUAUGAAGUUGUAAUACAACUUAAGAAAAAGGAGAGUGAUAUAAUUGACAAAAGCAAUAAAAAAAUUGACAACGAAUCGGCGCAAGUACAGGCAAAGGAUAAAUCCAAAGUGGAUAUUGAAGUACAAUAUUCCAAUGAUCAUAACUUGAAAGAAACAGCAGCGCAGACGUCAGUUAAUAUUGAAAAUAUAUAUGCAGAGAAUGCAUCUAGUGAAACAAAUAUUAAACAUAAUCCCCUUCUUACUAAUAAUGAAGAUAAAAUACAAUCUGUUAACAUGGAAAAUGAAACUGACAAUGUGCAAGAAAUUGGUGUGCACACUUCUUUCAAAGAUUCCUUCACAAUACCAGUAGAGUGUCCAAAAACUGAUUCAAUUGCGAAACCAGCAACAUCAACAUACACACAAACAUCAUUUAGCUCACCAAAUGCCAGACCGGUUCUUUUGCAUAUGACUUCUUCGACAUCUACUGCUUACAUGAGCCCACCUGAUUUCAUACAUCCGAAAUUCUUAGGACAUAUUUACGACCCCUUAAAUCAACGAGAAUGCGAAGACACUCCAAUCAAUAUAGAAAACCAAAAUUGCUUUAAAGUUUGUAGAUGUACGCGCUCAAGAUCAUCACACUAUAAUCAUAAGAAGACAUGCAAACGACUUAGCAUUAGCACCAAUACACCACCAAACACGGCACGAAGUUUUCAGUGUGACAUAUCAGAAGAUUUACAAACAAACUCGUUGGAAUGUAAUAAUUCCAAACGAAUUCAUAAAGGCUUAAAGAAAAUACAUAAAAAAUCACACUCAUCGCAUGUUAUACAGGAAAAACAUAAAUCACUCGAACCAAAUCAAAAUACUAGAUCCGGUCUAUCUCACAAGGCCUGUACAAAAAAUGUUAAUAUUAAUCCAGUGGUUAAACAAUAUGUAAACAAACUCCUUGGACUCAACAAAGGAACUCUAAAGGCUGUUCAAGUGAUUAAUCAAGAAUGCAGUGCUAUAGAAACACCAGGGAGUUCCAUUAUCAAUGAUUCAAACAAUAUAGGAAAGUAUUAUAAACAUGCUGAAAACAAAAUUUCCCUCGAGCAAAUAAAAGUUAUGGUGGAACAACAAAUUACGAAAAAGCUCCAGAAGGAAGUUGAGAAUACUAAAACUUAUUCCAGCAACAUAUUGGGGUCAGAAAAGCAAAUUAAUGUCAAUUCAAACCUGGCUAGGAAAAAGCAUGUUCAUAAAGUUAAGUCCUUAAAUAUUUCAAAGCAUUUUGUAAAAACCAAAAGAUCUAGAGAAUCGCAUAAACGAGAUCAUGAUGUUGUUGACAGGCCUCAACCACGAUCAUCUUCGUCGAACGAACCCUGCUCAUCACAUAAUCAUUUUAGUAAAAAUGUAAAAGAAAACUUCCUGGCGAGACAUAACUUUGGAAGUAAAAGUACUUUUAACCUUAGAAAGAAAUGUUCUCUGCCUAGUACAACUACAGUAAGAAGAAAUAAUAAAUCUCCAAGACGGCGUUGUUCAGUACAAUACUCCUCAUGCGAUACUCGUCAUCGUGACGCGUAUAGAUUACCACCAAAUCGCGCAACAGCAACAUCGUUUUCAACUGAUUCGGAGAAAUCAAAUUAUAGAGAAUUUAAAAAAACAUCAAAGUUCCACCCAGCAGAUAUUUCCACUCAAACUAGUGCAAUUGAUAGCGAUAUUAACUUCAUGAAAUUAGCUGAAAACAAACUUCAUAAUAUGGAAAAAAUUGCUGAUUUAACUGAAAGAUGUACUAAGAGAUUGUCAAACUUGGCGAAAGUUCUGGAAGAAGUGCGAAAAAACAAAUCUUUAGUGUAUGGUCAAGUUUCCACAUCGGAUUCUGCUUCGGAAUCGGAGAUUAAAAAGAAUACAAUAAGUGCACAAAUAACGCAAUCUAGUUCUAGGAUUUUGCCUGAAAACAAAAUUCAAGCAGACGUUAGGGAACCGAGCAAAGAAAAAAUCCAGUUUGUGCAAAUAUUGACAGAUAUUCCUAAACCUUCGGCUGUUCUUGCAUCAACAUCGACUUCAAGCAUAAAUAACGAUCCCAAUGGUCCCGAGAGUAAAGCUAAAUCUGAUCAAUCUAAAAGUAGGGGUAAACCUCCCCCGGCACUAUCACGUGUAAAUUUAAAAAAUGUUCAUGACAUUACAGCCGUUCCCCAUGAGUUGUCGACGGUAAUGGAGGUAGACUCGCCCAUGAGUGUAAAUUUAAAGAGUAAUUCUUCUCGAAAGCAGCUCUACAAAGAGAGCACUUUGUCAAACCAGGAAGAACAUCCUAAAACUCAAGAAGGCACUUCUCAUGAAUUUAAGGAAGAUCAUUCCAACAGUGGCUCUAUAUCACAGAAGGAUAAGUUUCAGCACUCUAAAGCCUCUUUUGGAUCUUCAGAAGAAUCAAAAGCUCAAAUGAUGGAUAUGAAAUUAUUUAACGAGAUAAUGCUAAAACCUUUUGUAAGUUUGCAAGACUAUGUGAAUCAAUGCAAUGGAAAAAUUGAGGAGGGAUCAAAUUUAGAAGAUUUGAUAAAGGACAACGUAGCCCAUGAGGAAUUAAGCUCUUUGCAUUCAGAUGGAAGUUUACCUGACGUUAUCUCCGAAUUACUAAAACGAAAAAUUAUUAGCGAACCUUUUAAAUUAGAUACUGGAUCCAAUGGUAAUACUAAUACCACAAGUUUAUCAUCAGAGUCCUCCAUGUCGCUUUUAGCUCUGUCGAAAAUUAAAAAGGAAAAGAAAUUCGCAGACAAAAUUCUAUUGAAAAGAGACAACUUUGGAGAGACAUCAGGAACUUUAAGUUUAUCCUCAAAUCCAGAUCUAGAGCAUGCAUUUAAAAAAUUGGGUAUGGGAUGGGCAUCCUCAACCUUAAAGAAAACUAAGGAAAGACUAGCUCUCUCAUCGUCUUCAAAUACAUCCAGUUCUAGUUUAAAUCAAUUAAAAUCAAAAAGUGGUGCUAAAGAUGGUUCCUCUGUGACAAACGAAUUUAUCCCGUAUGAUCAUAAAUUGAAUUUUAAAAAUGAAACUGACAAUGCUAAGAAUGCUGUGCAACAGACAUCUUUGACAAAUUCAAUGACGGUUAAAGAAUUUUUGACUAAUGAAUUAGCGAAAAAAAUUACAUUUACUAAUAAUAAUUCAACGAGAAAUGACAAUGAAUUCGUAUCUUUAUAUGAAACUAAAAUGCCUGAUGAAAUUAAGAACGCGUCUAAGACACGAGAAGAACAUUCGGGUGUGCUAAGUCCUAUUGUUCGGGCCCGGACUUCAACCCCGGUACAAAUCUAUAGAUCUGCUACUUAUCAUUCUACUUCAAGCUCUAAUACAUCGGAGAGCUUAUUUAGCAAUGCAGAAGAGUUGUCUUCCGUGAAAGUAACUUCCAAUUCUCUUCGCAACCAUUCCAUAUCCGACAAGGAUGAUUUAACCAUUCCAAAUUAUAGCCUCAGAAGAAAAGGCUUAUCUGAUAACAGUAAAAGUGACUGAUACUAUAAUCGUUUCGUUUUUGCGUAACAAUUUAUUAUGUCACAAAUUUUGUUAGUUGUUUUUGAGGUUUAUUAAUGAAUAAUGUGAAAUAUGUUUGUAUCUAUUAUAAAAUAAAUAUUAUUUUUGAAUGUAAA